AUGAUGCAUCGUCGGCCAGUAUGCAGGCUAUCGCGUCGGGCUGAAUGGUCGAAUUCAGUCUACCGAACACCCUCUUUAACAGCCCUCACAGUUCGACGGGCCUUAAGGUCGUCCACGGCGCAAUGGAGCUCGUCAGAUCAAUCAACUGGAAAUGAUGAUGGUGCCGCUCCAAAUCCAGCGCAGACGAAGCCCAAGUUCGGCAGCCGGUGGGGUCCUAAGCAUACUACGCCAUCGACGGGCUUGAGUUUCGCAGAACAAGCGAUGCGCCAAACUCUUGUCGCCAAUAGUCAACCGUCGCCGCCACCUGCACCUGCACCAUCACAACGCAACCGAGAGCAGCCAAAUCAGCAAUGGAAGCCAGAGCAAUCAAACCAGCAGAGGAAACCGUUCAUGCGGCGCGUGAGCCCUCGAGACAAUCAGGGACACAUGAUGGGAACAAAAGGACCUUCACAGAAUCAGGAGAGGAACCCGUCCACCCAAGAUAAGAGUCCGCUCGAAGAAAGGGUUUCAAGUAGCCACAUGAGGUGGUCAAGAGAAUCCCCACGGAAUCGGGAGAGAAAUUCGUCUGCCCAAGAAAAGAAUCCGUUUGAAGAAGAGAAUACCAGUAACUACAUGAGGUGGCCGAGAGGAACCUCACGGAACCAGGAAAGAAACUCGUUCACUCAAGAAAGUAACCCAUUUGAAAAAGAGAAUUCAAGUGGAUACGUGAAGCGAUCAAGAGGGGGUCCACCUUAUCAGGAAAGAAAUACGUCUGCUCGCGAAACAAACCCGGCGUUUGAAGGAGAUAACCCCUUCGUCGCUGGAAAGACACCAAACAGAUUCCCGAGCCAGUAUCAGAGCAGGGCGACUAGGGACCAUUCAAUGGCCCGCGAUGACUGGAAAUGCCCUCAGUGCAUGGCACAAGUUUUUGCCACAAAGAAAGUAUGCCCAUUCUGUAAAACCUCUCGACCCGACGAUGCCCAGCCAAAGUUCCGCAUGACCAGAGACUACAACGACUCUCCCGGGCAUACACACCUUAAACAGGCUCGAUCUCCCUCAAAGUUCCAGCGAUUAGGGGAUUCGGUGUUAUCCGAGCUGGAACAAGAUGAGUCGAAAACAACAGAAACCACAGGGCACGAUUUAGGGGAAUCCGAUCGACCCCAGACAAAAGAGGGAGCAGAAGAUUUUAAGAAGAACCAAUGGUCUUGGGACAUGUCUGCUCUGGAGCAUCUAGAAAACCUAGAAGCACAAGAACAGCAGCUGCCGAAGCCUAUGAAGCGCCGUGAUGGACGCAAGGGACGUCAGAACGAGUCUUCCGAUGGGGCUGAUUUUGACUCGGAAGAUCGCGAGCGACUACGCGUAGAGCGGAGACGCCAGAAGAAAGAGAAAGAUGCCCAACGGGCUGCAAAGAAGGCCGCCGCGCUAGCAGCACCGGCCCCUCUCUACCUUCCCGAAUUUAUCAGUGUUAGCAACUUGGCCGAUGUCAUCGGCGUGCGACCGGCGCAGUUUGUGCAGCGAAUGGAGGAGAUGGGGUUCGAGGAAAUUACCUACAAGGAUGUUCUCGAUGCAGAAACUGCCGGAUUAGUGGCAGCCGAGUUCAACUACGAGGCCAUCUUCGACAGUGGCAAGGCAGAUUUACACGCUGCCCCUGAACUAGAGGACACAUCCGAUCUGCCAUCUCGGCCACCUGUGGUCACUAUCAUGGGUCACGUUGAUCACGGCAAAACCACUAUUUUGGAUUGGCUGCGCAAGUCAUCUGUCGCAGCGUCUGAACAUGGUGGUAUCACUCAGCACAUUGGUGCAUUCUCCGUAAUGAUGCCUUCCGGAAAAGCCAUUACCUUCCUUGAUACCCCCGGCCAUUCUGCAUUUUUGGAAAUGCGUCGCCGAGGUGCCGAUGUGACCGAUAUUGUGGUGCUUGUGGUUGCUGCGGACGACAGUGUCAAGCCGCAAACAAUCGAGGCCAUCAAGCACGCCACCCAAGCUAAGGUUCCCGUCAUUGUCGCCAUCAGCAAAAUUGACAAGGAGGGCACCAACCCUGAUCGAGUCAAGGGUGAUCUUUCUGUUCAUGGUAUUCAUGUGGAGGACUAUGGAGGUGACGUGCAGGCCAUCGGCGUCAGCGGCAAAACCGGACAAGGAAUGGUCGAGCUGGAAGAAGCCAUUGUUGCGCUCUCAGAACUGCUUGACCACCGGGCAGCCACCACGUGUAACGUCGAAGGCUGGGUCAUCGAGGCCUCUACGAAGAGUUAUGGUCGAGUAGCAUCCGCCCUCAUUCGACGUGGAACUCUGCGGCCAGGCGAUAUUAUUGUUGCUGGUACCGCAUGGGCUCGUGUCCGCACCCUCCGUAAUGAAGCUGGUGUGUCCAUUAGUGAAGCCACGCCUGGAAUGCCCGUCGAAAUUGAUGGUUGGAGAGAGCAGCCAGGUGCUGGCACCGAAAUCCUGCAGGCACCAAAUGAGCAGAAAGCCAAGGACGUUGUGGACUACCGCUUGGAGCGGUCUGAUACCCAGAAGAUGGGUAUCGAUAUGGUUGCCAUCAAUGAGGCUCGGCGCGAGCUUCUCGACAAGCGCAGGCGCGAGAAUGAAGAGGAAGAAACAAUAGAUGGAGUUGAAUCAACUGGGCCCAAGUCGGUCAAUUUCGUCCUGAAGGGCGACGUAGACGGCUCGGUGGAGGCAGUCUUGAACUCUGUUGCGGCAGUCGGGAACAACGAAGUCUUUGCCAAUAUCAUCCGUUCAGGUGUUGGCCCAGUCAGCGAAUUCGAUAUCGAACAUGCUGGCAGUGCCAAGGGCAAGAUUAUCUCAUUCAACCAGGUUAUUGAGCCUAAUAUUAUGCGUAUUGCAGAGACGCAGGGCGUCGAGAUUCUGGACCACAACAUCAUUUACAAACUGAUUGAUGAUAUCAAGUCCAUUCUCAGUGAAAAGCUACCUCCAACAAUCACUACGCGUGUGACUGGAGAAGCUGAAAUCCAGCAGGUGUUCGAGAUCACUGUCAAGGGACGUGAAAAGACAGCCAUUGCUGGAAGUCGUGUGCGCAACGGUCUGAUCAACAAAACUCGCAAGGUCAGGGUGCUUCGCGGGGACGAGAUAGUCUACGAUGGCACAAUGAUCUCCCUCAAGAACGUCAAGAAAGACGUCAUUGAAAUGCGCAAAGACACAGAAUGUGGCAUCGCUUUCGAGAAUUGGACAGAUUUCGCACCUGGUGACCAUGUCCAGUGCUACGAAGAGAUCUCUGAGAAGCGCUAUCUGUGA